AUGAAUAUGACCAUCACCGAGGAUCUCUUGGACGAUUACAAAGACACCAUCCACCCUGCUCUUUUUACAGAAGAGGGGAUGACCGUCGAGCUGAAGAAAGAAAAAGAACGAGAACUCAAUAAGAUUAUCGAGUUUUGGUGGACUUUUGGAAUCAAUAUUGCUGUACUUGUAUUAAUCGUCGUGAUGAUCGUUGUUUUCAACUAUCGGGAAUUCGAAGAUGUUGGGAUCGGUCAUUUACCGUCAUUUUGGCAAAAAAAACAAGUUUUAAAACACUUUUUGACCGAGAAAAAGUGCGAAAUGGGCCUGAACAAAAGCUACAUGACCGAGCUUAUGAACAGCACCGCCGACAUUCCAGCAUCAUCACAGGGCGAAUACAGUCAGCACCUUCUCCUGGAAAGCUCGGUUAUCGACCAACUCAUCCGAAACUUGACCUGCGAGUAUUUGCCUGAUCACAAAGUCAUGACUUGA